UCCUCCAAACACUCCGUCACGUCUCGCAGGCCUUCGUUUUUUAUCCCAGUUCCCCGCCAAACUUUUUGGGAUUUAUCGGCUUCGGCCUGGUGCGACCGUGCAGGGGACGGGGGGGGGGAUACUCCUCCGUUUCCAUGACGACAAGCAUGACGAGCAGCUGCCGGAUCUAGGCCGUAAAACCGAGGGCGACAGAUUAUCAGGUGGCAGAAAGUCGGGGAGAGAAUACCUCCAUGGCCAAAGUGGCUCCGUCAGUACGGACCCCCACCUCCUGGUUGACUCCGCCCACCAUUGUACUGCUGGACAUGGAGGAGGAGCCGGGCGACAGAACCAACCAAAGAUCCAGACCUGGAGAUCUGUUUAACGUCAACAACAGUAACAACAACGAGGAAGAGGAGGAGAAGAAGAAAAGAAAGAAAGAAAAGAAGGAGAGAAAAGAGAAGAAGGAGAAGGAGAAGCAGGAGAGGAAGGAGAGAAAGGAGAGGAAGGAGAAGAAGAAUGAAGAAAAAGCCAAAGAGGAGGCUCCUCAGGAGAUCACAGUGAUUGAUCCAGCAGGCAACACCUACUACCACUGGCUGGGAGUCAUCACCGUCCCCGUCAUGUACAACUGGACCCUGAUCAUAGCCAGGGCGUGUUUCGAGGAGCUACAGACCGACUAUUUGGUGCUGUGGUUCCUUUUGGACUUUGUGUGCGACCUCACUUACAUCGCAGACAUGAUCUUCAGAACGAGGACCGGUUACCUGGAGCAGGGUCUGCUGGUGAAGGACGAGCAGAAGUUGCGCGAUCGCUACGUCCACAGCGUCCAGUUCAAACUGGACCUGGCCUCCAUGGUUCCCACUGACGUGCUCUACCUCGCUCUCGGCACCAGAUACCCUGAAAUCCGCCUCAACAAACUGUUCAGGUUCAACAGGAUGCUGGAGUUCUUCCAGAGGACGGAGACCCGGACUAACUACCCCAACGCUCUCCGUAUCUCCAACCUUGUUAUGUACAUCGUCAUCAUUAUCCACUGGAACGCCUGCCUCUACUACUCCUUCUCCAAGGCUAUUGGUUUUGGUGCUGACAGGUUUGUGUAUCCCGACCCGGCAGAUCCGGAGUUUGGUCGUCUGGUGAGGAAGUAUGCCUACAGUAUGUACUGGUCCACUCUGACACUCACCACCAUUGGAGAGACUCCGCCCCCCGUGGAGAACUCUGAGUACUUCUUUGUCGUCACUGACUUCCUGGUUGGUGUGUUGAUCUUUGCCACCAUUGUCGGUAAUGUCGGCUCGAUGAUCACCAACAUGAACGCUGCCAGGGCCAACUUCCAGUCUCGCAUCGACGCCAUCAAACAAUACAUGACCUUCCGAAAGGUUACGAAGGACCUGGAGAAGAGAGUCAUCAAGUGGUUUGACUUCCUGUGGACCAAUAAGAAAGCAGUAGAUGAGAGGGAGGUCUUGAAGUACCUGCCGGACAAACUGAGGGCAGAGAUCGCCAUCAAUGUCCACCUAGACACCCUGAAGAAGGUUCGUAUCUUUGCGGACUGCGAGGCCGGUCUUUUGGUGGAGCUGGUGCUGAAGCUGCAGCCUCAGGUAUACAGUCCCGGGGACUACAUAUGCAAGAAGGGCGAUAUUGGCAGAGAGAUGUACAUCAUCAAAGAGGGAAAACUGGCUGUCGUUGCCGAUGACGGCAUCAAGCAGUUUGUGGUCCUCAGUGACGGGAGCUACUUCGGGGAGAUCAGCAUCCUGGCCAUUAAAGGCAGUCGGGCAGGAAACCGCAGGACGGCCAACAUCCGGAGCAUCGGCUACUCCGACCUCUUCUGUCUCUCUAAAGACGACCUGAUGGAGGCGCUGACGGAGUACCCCGACGCCAAAGCCCUGCUGGAGGAGAAGGGGCGGCAGAUCCUGAUGAAGGACGGGCUGCUGGACCUGGAGGUGGCGGCGCAGGGCCCUGACCCCAAAGAGAUGGAGGAGAAGGUGGAGCGCAUGGCAAGCAUGCUGGACGCCCUGCAGACGCGUUACGCCCGGCUGCUGGCCGAGCACGAGGCCACACACGGCAAACUCAAGCACCGAGUCACUCGGCUAGAGAAGAAGCUAGCGCCGCCGCAGGGGGAAGCUCCGCCCCCCCCGACACCGGAGACAUAGACGAGCAGAGAAGAAGAGGAAGGAGGAGAAGUUAGAAAAACAAUCAUUUUACGUCACCAAAUCAGUUUCAGUCUUAGAGGAUUUGAUGAAAAAUGAAUCGUCACAAAGUUAAAGUUCGAACCAAAGAAAAAAGUUAAUAAAUGUCAUUGAUGUGUUUCUAGUAAAUAUUUCACACCUUAGUAACUAGAAUGUGUUAUAUAUUUAAUAUAGCUCCUCUGGGUAGUUUUCUAUUGGUCAAAAACAUGAAUACACGUAAUAAACUGCCUCAAAGCUCCGCCUCGUAGAUCAGCAGCGUAAGUCAUUGACCUCGCUUUGCCAAAACCCGACCUGAAGUAAUUGUG